AUGUUCAACUCGAUCGCAGCGGCGACAUCAGCGGUGAAGUUAGCGGCAGGACUGUCAACAGGAGAAACCAGUGGGAAUGGGGAGGAGGAAAUGGGUAGUCAGUCGCAGGGGAUCAUGGGGACGCAAAUGGGAACGCAGGACGAGUCGAACGAACCGGCAACACCUCAAGACGAACAGAUUGGAGGAGGCGAAAUCGACGAACCAGCGCCGGCCCCUCCAAAGAAAUCGAAAAAGGUAACCGUGAAAGCACCGGCGAGAAGGUCAACUCGGGCGACGUCAAAGCGACCGGGGGAGCAAGGGAAGGAUGACGAUUGA